AUGUCAAAGGUCAUCUAUGCUGAACCAGAUAGGAACAAGAAGGUCAAGUUUGACAGAGGUGAGAUGGAGGAGAGUAUUGUGGAUGUCUAUGUCAGUGCAGACACCCUGAGAGACGUUGAGACCAGCACCAAGAGAGAAGAGACAGCAGACACUGCUCCUAAUAAUGGACCAGGAGACCAGCACUCAGAGCCUGAUAGAUCAGGGAAGAGACCCUUCCUAGUUGCUGCAGUGUUUCUGGGGUUGCUGUGUGUUCUACUGGCUGGGAUCAUAGGCCUGACUGUCUACUGUGAGUUUGUAUCCAAGUUCAUUGAUUAUCACCUAGUUAGAGACCAGUUACAGACCAGAUACAACAACCUGACUAAAGAGAGAGACCAGCUACAGACCAGAUACAACAACCUGACUAAAGAGAGAGACCAGUUACAGACCAGAUACAACAACCUGACUGAAGAGAGAGACCAGUUACAGACCACAUACAACAACCUGACUAAAGAGAGAGACCAGUUACAGACCAGAUACAACAACCUGACUAAAGAGAGAGACCAGUUACAGACCAGAUACAACAACCUGACUAAAGAGAGAGACCAGUUACAGACCAGAUACAACAACCUGGCUGAAGAGAGAGACCAGUUACAGACCAGAUACAACAACCUGACUGAAGAGAGAGACCAGUUACAGACCAGAUACAACAACCUGACUAAAGAGAGAGACCAGUUACAGACCAGAUACAACAACCUGACUGAAGAGAGAGACCAGUUACAGACCAGAUACAACAACCUGACUAAAGAGAGAGACCAGUUACAGACCAGAUACAACAACCUGACUAAAGAGAGAGACCAGUUACAGACCAGAUACAACAACCUGGCUGAAGAGAGAGACCAGUUACAGACCAGAUACAACAACCUGAUUGAAGAGAGAGACCAGUUACAGACCAGAUACAACAACCUGACUGAAGAGAGAGACCAGUUACAGACCAGAUACAACAACCUGACUAAAGAGAAAGGCCAUAUUCAGGCAAAGCUUUUUGUGAUAGGUGAGAUAUAA